AUAUAUGUCUUUUCCAAACAGCAUCAAGCCUUUUUCUCAGCAAAACUUCAUCAUGCAGGCCACCGGUCCUCCUCCUAUAGCAGGUUAUGAAAGCGCUUCAGGUCUGUCGGUGUCCUGGCAGGGCCGCAGCAUCGCCAGCUCCAACCUGCGCAUGCUGGAGUUCUCCGCUUUCCUGGAGCAACCUCAGGAUCCAGAGACUGUCAACAAGCACCUGUUUGUUCACAUCGGUCAGUCCAACCCCACGUUUAGCGAUCCGUACCUCGAGGCCGUGGAUGUACGGCAAAUUUACGACAAAUUCCCAGAGAAGAAAGAAGGGCUGAAGGAGCUGUUUGAGAAAGGACCGGCUAACGCUUUCUUCCUCGUAAAGUUCUGG